UGUUAAUAAACCGGAUCAUAAGCUCAGUGGCCUACUUCCACCGCAAGCACAUCAUCAUAACGAUUUAAGGAGUGAACGAAGGUUUAAUGUACCUGUUAGUAAGACGGAUCGUUUUAAAAAAUCUUUUAUUAUUAGUCAUAGCUCAAAUAUAUAAAUUUUAACAACAAUUAAUCUAGGUGAUAAAUUGACUUACUCUUAUUUUUAAUUAUUCAAAAUUGUUGUAAUGAUGUAUAUAACUCAAUUGUUGUAAAUAUUCACAUAAUUCAGUCUACGACUGCAAAAUGUUUUAUUUGAUUAAACGAAUCUAAUCUAUUCUAUGCUACGAAUGGAACUACGUCUUUGUUUGUCAUGAAGUAUUCGUUCAUAUACCAAUCAGGGCGCCAUAUAGGUACCGAACAUUCUGUCCCAGAUUGUGAACAGGAAUCCAUAGUUGGUGCUGAUUUUCGUGUGGUGCAGAAUGUGGGGCACAGCACCACCGAAGAUGUCGGGAAUCAGAUGGUGAGGGGACCACCAGACGUCAUGGCCGCUGUGUUCCUCCAAGAGCAGCGCUACGAAGAUCCACUCGUAAAUCCACAGCGUCAGGGGAUGAACGGGAGAGGCAAACAUCGGGUACACGAUCAUGCAGGAGGCGAACACGGUCAGUUCGAAGGGAUGAACCCAGCCUGCCGCCCAGGAAAACAGGUCGAACUUGAAACGGUGAUGAACCUGGUGAAUGUUCCUGUACAACACUGGAAUCUUAUGGUGGGCAAUGUGCUCGAGAUAGACGAGGAAGUCGCCGAUUAACAAGGAAGUAACCAAGUCUCGGCACAGCUCCCACAAUGAUGGUGCGUUUUGGGGCAGCUGAAUAUGAUACGGAUACACGAACCACAUGAUUAUGUUAAGGACGCCAUAGACACCCACCUGUAUACCACCCACUCGCAGAAUCUCCUUGCCAGAGAUAGCGUGAUUCUUGCUCAGCCGAGUAGCAUCUGACUGCCAUGGCCCGAUGUCUUUCAUUGUGAAGUAAAGACCUGUAGUCACGAAGGCUACCCAGCCGACAAUCGCUGGAAAUAACCAGUAUGAAGCAACAUGACUCCAGUGACGGGUGAUGUACUCCCACAGGGGCUGAAGAAACAAGUUUGAUUCCAUUGGCUUUGCGGCUUCUCUCACUCUCAGUUUUCUGUUUGUAUCAGUUGGUGUCAGGCGGGAACGAUCAAUGAUUCCCCCACUAGGAUGCCGAAUGUUUUGAUCCGUAGGACACAAUUUUAUUUAUGCACUGAACCACAUGGAAGUCAUGCAUAUAUACGCAAGGAGACAACGACACACAAUACCUUCUUGUUCCAUUAAUAGACCACUUUCAUAAUUGAGACAAAUUUACACAUUCUUUUACUUUAAUUAAGUGCAUCUAAUUAUAGUCAAGUAUAUAAACGCUGGACUGGAAUGCGGCAGGCAGAAAAAAAUUUUGGGA